AUGUAUGACAAACUGAUAAAAUGUCCACGGCCUUCUGUUACGUGCAAGAAAGUCGAACUACGUGCGUGUGAUUUCCUCCCCGAAAAGUGUAUGUCAUUGAUCUGUCACGGGGAGCUACGUGAAAUAGUCUCUUGCCAUAAACGUGGGCAUGCUGAAAAACGAAGUCUUGAAAACAUUCAAGAGGAUUAUGAUAAGUUUGUAGCAGAUGGCUCUGUUACAAGUCGACAGAAGUUUUAUCACAAUGUGAUUCACGAGAAACUGCUGGACAUUGAAUUGGACAAAGUUUGUGUUCCUGGACUUCACAUUAGCUUGGGUGUGUUUAAGAAACUGUUUGACGAACUAGAGAACCAGUGCUUUGAGCUGGACAAAAAAAUUCAAAUGGUGCUAGCAGGAGACAGUGAAGAGAAUGAUGAGAAAAUCCAGGCAUUCAGAGCUGCCCAACUACAUACCAGACAAGCACAACAAUUUAAUGAAAAAGCCAAUUAUUUACAGGAGUUGCUGAAUUUACAAAGUCUGCAUGCUAAUGUUGAUAUCAUGCCUGCCUACUUUACACUACUACAGGAGGAGAUAGACAAACUCCUUGGCAAUGCAAAGGAGGAGGAAAAGCUUGCAGAUGAACAAAUGGAAUUGGCUGCCUUUGAGAAAGCCAAUGGACCACUAUCGGUUCAUUUGGAUGAGGUUCUCAAGAAAAUGAAUGUUGAGAGACAAGCUUAUCAUGGAAAAUCAUUCAUUGGUAACCAUGUACACACUUGCUGCAAGGUAACACAAAUUCUACCCUUAGAGUAG